AUGGCAUCAGCUGGCUAUAUUCAAAUAACUCUUAUCUGGGUCGUCUAUGCUGUUGCUGUCGUGUUGCUCCUUUCAGUCGCCUCUCUGUUCGUCUACCUCUACCAAACUAAUCGCGAGCGAUCCAAAUUUGUCACAGCAGUCUGCAUCUUGACGAUCACAUCUCUUCUCGCAACCGUCCUCUUGCUACCCGUCGAUGUAGCGCUAGUCUCGAGCACCACAAGCUCCAAACUAGGUCGACGUAAGGACUGGGCGAACCAAGAUAAAGUGGACAACAUCACCUUCACAUUACGUGUUGUAUACUAUCUGCUCUAUUCUCUCGAUGCCCUUCUGUGCUUGAUUAUCAUUCCCUUUACAUAUUUCUGGUAUGAAGAAUAUGAUGAGGUCGCUCAAGAGGAAGGAUCUCAGACAUUUGGCUCCCGAUUCUGGGGUGCAUUGAAAUACACCUUUGUCUUCGUCUUUCUCUGCAUCGCCAUUUUCCUGGUUGGCUUCUUCAUUCCUCGAGUUUCCAACAACAAGGGUGCACAUUUUGAUCUCGACUUCUUCAAACGACUUCUCGCCGAGAAUCGAGGUGAAAAGGCUCUGACAUUCGCUCUUGGGGUCCUCAUCACACUUGGAAUUCUCAUCUACUGCUUUUACACAGCCGCCGGCUUGGCUCUGCUUCCUCUCACUCUGAUCAAAUCAGCCCCGAGCAUUUCAGCCCCUGCUUUGACCGAAUCCACCUCUGCGCAGCUCGAGAGCAACCAGGAGAGGCAAAGACAACUUGAGGGCCGCGCACAAGGGAAUCCAGAUGGCCUGUCCUCCAAGGACCAGCGCGAACUCGAUGCUUUGGUCCGUGAGGAGCGUACACUCCGUCGCCAUCAACGUAUGGCGGCGGAGGCAUCUGGUCAAGACCGCAACAUCUUCUGGAGGAUCUGGUUGAAGCUUGAGGCCAUUUUCCGUCCCAUCAAGCUCAUCCUUGGUCUUCUCCUAGUGGUGGUCGUUUUGCUGAUCUUUGCGAGUAUGCUGAUCACCGGCAUUGACAAGGCGAAGAACUCAGUUUGCCAGCGCCAUUGUGGCUAUCUUCUGGGCCAUAUCAACAUCUUUCAGCCCAUCAAUUGGAUUCUAGUCAAGUCCUCUUCGGUCUUCCCAAUCGAUUACGUCAUCUUCCUCUUCAUCGUCCUCCUCUUUUUCAGUGCUUCGAUCCUUGGCAUUGCAACGAUUGGGAUCCGGGUUCUAUGGAUCACAAUAUUUAGGAUCCGAAAGGCACAUACAUCACCACAAGCGCUUUUGAUUGCGACCGUCUUGCUGACCUUGAUGACCCUUGCCAUCAACUAUUCUAUUGCCAUGCUUGUUGCACCUCAGUAUGCAACAUUUGGCCCUCAGACAUUCUGUGACCAUCCCCCGAAGCACCCCGGAGACCAGCCAGAUUGCUCCGGUCAUCGACAGCAUGUCAUACCUUGUACAGAGAUCACGGACAAUCCGGCUGCACGUAAUGUAUGCACACCCUCGGUGGUGUCGAUUUUCUUGAAUAGGGUGACAGUGAACUACCCAUUCUUAGGCAUCGUGGAUUUCUGGGCCCAGUUUGUUUUCUUAGGAAUGUUCCUGAUUGCCUUCGUCCUGUUGCUCUUCAGGACGCCUAAGCUGAGCGAUCCGGACUCAGAUGACGACGCUAUUGAAGAGGAGGAAGAAGGCUUGUUGGCAAGCACAGGGCGUAGAUUUGGGGCAACCUGGCAAGACAUCACUGGAAGGACCAGCCACGACGGGAGGAACGGCAGACCACAAGGUCGUGGUGCACGUGAUGGGGGAGAUGAGUAG